AUGAAAGGGCAAGCGACCAGGGUGGAUUUGAGGCAAGCUUAUGCUUCAGAUACCUCGUCAGAAGACGAGGAUUUGCUGAAUACUCAAGUGGGAGUCAAUAUGGACUCGCUGACUAAUGGUGAUGCAAGCGAAGAGGAUAUGUUUGCAAGUGAUGAUGAUAAUGGUGAUGGUGAUAUGGGCAAACUUUCGAGUCUAGGAGAUGGCGGUGUGGCUGAGGGAAUCGACGAUGGAAGUGAUGAUAUGUUUGCAAGCGAUGAUGAAAAGUAUAGAAAGAAGCCUCGCAUACAGUUUGCCAAAGAUGAUGAGAUAAUAACAGUAGAUUUUGAGAAUAACAGAGAAGGUUCAGAAAGUGCAAACCAGGAUGAGGAUGGGGAUGGGGAUGAAAAUGAGGAUGAGGAUGAGGAUGAGGAUGAGGAUGAAGACGAGGACUUCAACGACUACUACAUUAACGGAGCCGAAGAUUUCGAAAAUCUUCGACGAUCAAAACCCAAGAGACAGCCCAAAUUAGAAUCAUUUGACUUGAAACAGGAAGAGAAAGAAGGAAAGUUUGAUAAAGAAGGAAACUAUAUCCCUAAUGAUUCAUUCCCAAAACUGGAUGAAGAGAGUGAAGAAGAUGUAUGGUUAAAAGAUGUUAAAAAGUCAGAAAUACGCAAGGCUAGAUUAGCACAACAAAAUCGUGAAAGGGACUUUGCUCAAACGGAUGCAAAGAAUCGAGACAAGACAAUGGAGAAAAUCAAUGUUUUGCUUGGCUCCUUGAUUGAGUUGGUUGAGCCUGUUGAGACGCCAUUGGAAGCAAUGGCUCGAUUGAACCACAAGUUGAAGAAAAUAGACAAGAAGAAAAAGGAUGAAGAAGAGUUGACAAGCAGGAAACAAGUAGAAAAGAAUAUUUCACGUAUUGUUGAUUUAUGCUCAUCACUUAUCAACUUUCAUCAUCUACAGGAUAUUCAUGAUAUGACAAGGGAGCAAAUGAUGAGAAAAUAUCAAAUGGAAACAGGUGUUGAGUAUACAAGGCACAACAAUUUGAAACGAGUGCGAGAUGAUGAAGACGAAAAGGGAGGAAGAAAAGAACUAGAAGAGGAGGAGGGGGAAGAAGAAGAAGAAGAAGAAGAAGAAGAAGGUGGUGGUGGAGGUGGAGAAGGAAAGGAAGAGGAAGUGGGGGAUUAUGGAGAAAAAAUAUGGGAGUUUAAGUGGAUAGGAGACGAUAGGAUAAAUGGAGUCUAUUCCGAAUACGAGAUGAAACAUUGGAAGGAAACUUAUUUCGAAAACAAUGUUGAAGUUCGCAAACUCGGAGAUGACACAUUUCGACAUAUAGAACAAAUUUCAUUCGAGUAG